AUGUGUGGUGUGAGCCAAGCCUACAAACGUGGACAGCAAAUAACUCCUCCAGAACCAGAACAUACAGGGUACUAUGUUUCUGAACAAACAGCUAAAGAAAUAGAAAAUAAGGUUUCAACCUGGGAUCCAUCCAAAGACGAAAAUGCCUGGGAAAUGAGCGGCUUGAUCGAAGGAGAUAUUUUACCGCCUUCUGGUGAUCUAGGCAAAAAUGGUCUACGUGGUGAUAAAUACAGAUGGAAGGAUGGAAUUGUACCUUAUUUUAUAACGGAACUAGAAUUCAGUGAUGAAAAUAUAGAAAAAGUAUUGGAUGCCAUCCAGGAAUAUCAUAACAAAACGUGUAUUCGAUUCCGUCCGUUCAGAUUAACGGACCGUGAUUUCAUUAUGAUCCGAAGUAGCAGACCAGGCUGCUGGUCUUCAGUAGGAAGACAAUCAGGAGGCCAGGUUGUCAAUUUACAAGUUCCUGGUUGCAAUCAUCGUGGUAUUAUCAUUCACGAAUUCUUACAUGCUCUUGGAUUCUUCCAUCAACAAAGUGCUGCUGAUAGAGAUGAUCAUGUCAAAAUACACUGGGAAAAUAUUCAGGAAGGUAGAGAAAAUAAUUUUGAAAAAUACAACGACACUGUUGUGACCAGCUAUGAGCAAGUAUACGAUUAUACAAGUAUCAUGCAUUAUAGUUCGAAGGCAUUUUCCAAAAAUGGUGAAGUUACUAUAGAACCUUUGCAAGCUGAAGCCAAAAUAGGACAAAGAGAUCAUUUAAGUGAUGCAGAUAUCGCAAAAUUAAAUGCCAUGUACAAAACCGAAUGUGAAAAUCGCGAAAAUAAUCCUGAACCUGAAUUUUCGCUGACUUCCUGGUUAUUUCAAUAA